AUGCCAAAGCGAAAAAAGGCUCCUUCGCCUAAAUUUGAUCUACUCGAAGAUGGUUUCGAUGACGAUCUCAGCUCGAAUGACGACAAACCAGGAACGCCGAUCCAGCGAAACGCAGCCAACGCACGCGAACGAGCGCGCAUGCGAGUCCUGUCGAAGGCAUUCUUCAACCUGAAGCGCAACAUACCCUGGGUGCCGGCGGACACGAAGCUCUCCAAGCUGGACACGCUCCGGCUGGCCAAAAACUACAUCACCUACCUGGCGGCCACACUCGACGGCCAAUCGGUGGAGGACUUCUCCACUAACCUGGCGCAACCGCCCAAAACGGCAUGGCCGUUCAUCUUCCAGCAAGUUCAGCCUCACGAGACAAACAAAACGAAACAGCACCAACAGCAGCCAACGGCGCAUUCUACGACGUUUUCGGCGACGCCACCGAAUGUCGGUCAGUCCACAUGUGCGACUGAGCAGCAGAAGUGGCUCGGCUAUCACCAAAAGGAGGCGAUCUCCGGUCGGGCUCCGACUGGCGGUGGAUCAGAAAAUAUCAAAUCUCAAAGUGUCGCACCCCCGUCAAACACUUUGCUGGGGUUCCCGGAAAAUCAUGCCACCUCAGCCGGCAGUAUGGAGGGUGUGAGCGAGUUCGGUGGGUUUGGAGAUGCGAUGGGAGCGUUGGUGGGCUCGGGGACAACCCACGGGGGUCACCAGCACCAUCACAAUCUGCCACAGGAGCCCCAUCACCGGCAACAGCACUCGCUCAUGCAGCAGGAUCAGCACCAGCUCCAUCAGCAACCCCAUCAUUAUGCGACGACCGGCGGCGGCAUGCCAGUAGUGCUCAAUGACGGGUGCCACAUGGGCGGUGCCGUUGGAAUGUCCGGAGCGUACCACCGGCAGCAUAUGGCCCCGAUUGGUAGUGAUUGA